UUACUAACCACAGAACUCAUGCGUUAGAAGGAUCUUCAUUAUUGAAUGAAUUAGUUCAGAUUUAAUUCGCUAUUCAGUCAUAUACUGUUAUAGCCCAUAAACUUUAUGUUUGGUAAAGAAUUAUGAUUGUAGAUGAUAUCACGAGAAUCGAUAAAUUAUUCAAUUCAUGAUGUGAUUUACCAUGUUCAUGGAUAAAUAUUAAGUUUCAGCUCGUUAACUCUCAUGAUCAUUAAAAACGAUCGGUUUGACUGGUUUUCUCGAAAACUGUUCAAUAGAGAAAUCUUUGAUGAAUCUGUGCAUGAAUUUGAUAAUUGUGUUGAUUGUGCCUAUUAAGUAACAACCUAAAACAACCGAUUGUUUCAAAUUGACUAGCAAUUAAAACUAGUAGGUAUGAAGACUCAUCGAAAGAUACAUAAAUUAAUUUACUCAAUUUGCUGAAUUUACUUACGAAAUUAAAGGCUUUUGCAGCGUCGUUUUGAAAUAUGCGCCUUAAACCCAAAAAUCUAAUCUCGCGCUCAUUAGGCUAAACUUGAUUCUAGGUUGGUUUUUAUGUUUCAAAGACAAAGUUUUGAAUCUUUAUUUUCAUCUUUGAAUUAAGUCGAGAUUCUUUCUGUUAGAACUCGGGUUGAAUUUUGUGGUUCAUUUAUUUAUCAACAUUUCUAAGGAAUAUUCAGGAGAAAUAUGCAAAGUAAAUCUUAUUGCCCCAGAUGCAAGAGCUACGCUCCAGAUAAAAUUACUAUCAAAGUAAAGGUUGCUGGUGAAGAUUAUCAUGAUCUUUUGUUAGACUGGUCAGAUGGUCUAGAUGUAGGGCGACAAUUUUUACAACAACUUGCAUCGAUAACAGGAAUACCAUUGAAUAAAAUUCAUGGUUGUUUAACAGAGUAUCAGGAGCCGUAUUCGCAGCAUCUAGAUGUAUCUGUUUUUGCUGUUGAUAAUAUAGAAAGACAAGACCCACCAGAAUAUGAUGAAUUGGAUUAUUUGAAAUGUUUCAAUGAUGGUGAUUGUUAUGCAGUUUCUAUAAGUUUCCAGGAUAGAGAGCCUCCAUUCCGUGUGAAUUUAUGGUUGCACCAUCGUUCAAAUUUUGAUGAUGAUCAAUGCACACCUUCUUAUUGUCAACAUAUCAAUGGCAGAAAUUUUUUGAAUCGACGAAUAGAAGUAAUUAAAUAUGGUGAACAAAAAUAUCGACAGCUUUACACUGGAAAUCAGAUAAGUACAAUAAGGUCUAUGAACAUCGAGCCGUACCUGAUCCCGAUUUGCAAAUGGCGUAUAGCUGGAGGAGCAGUAAUCUUAUCAUAUCCUUACUUUUCAAGAACCCAUGGCUAAUUAUUCUAUUAAACUCGAAUUUUACUUAUAAAAAAGAUAACAUAAUUUAGAACAGAAUGCGAAGCUUAUUUUUUAAUGUACAAUUGUUUUCUGCUUAAAAAUUCAGUCCUUAAAAAUGCUUCGUUUCAUUGUUUUCUUCUUCAUUUUCGAUCUGUUUUCAUCUUUCAGUGAAAAUUAGUAUCGAUGGAUUAAUAUGGAUAUGGAUUAUAUUUGUAUAUUAGGGCAUUAUAAGUUUUAAUCAACUCAAUGUGUUGGUUAAUAUUUAAAAUUUCAAUUUUAAUUUGCAGACAUUGAAAUGGGGAAGCUAGUUACAGGUGCCAAAAAUCCUGCCGUACUUUAUUUUAGCUGAUAAAAUACGCAGAUCAUUGUUUAUGCUGCCGGAAAGUACAGAAUUUUCGGUGAGACAAUUGACAUUGUUGUUGGAAAAUUGUUGGUAUAGAUUUGCAAGAGCGUUGAAGAUAAUUUAAUCACCAUUCGUGUUGAAAAGUACGCUGUCCAAUUGAAAGUUAUAUUUCGACGCGAAUGAACAUCGUUGAAAUGUCAACUAAAGUUAUUACCAUAAUUUGGGGAGGAAAAAAAGAUUAUUUUGAGACCUAAACAUCAUCAAAAUGUGAUUCAUGAGUUGAUUGAUAAAUGUGUCGCAGAGGGAAGUGGUUGUACAGCUGAUGAAAUUGAUGUGUAUAUGUUACACCAAAGGACCGGGAAUUAGGAAGGGCUCCAUAA